AUGCUUUCAGCAACAUACGUCGCUAUUGUCGGUGUAUUAAUUGGCUGGUACUUGGUCAAACGGCGCAAGUCAACUUCGGCUUUGCCAUUGCCGCCUGGCCCGACACCGCUACCACUUAUUGGCAAUGCUCACCAAGCACCCAAGUCAUAUGGCUGGCGAACAUAUCAACAAUGGAGCGAGAAAUAUGGACCAAUUGUUCAUGUCAAUAUGCUUGGACAGCACAUUGUCAUUCUAUCGAAAUCCGAGCUAGCACAUGAGCUUCUCUCAAAACGUGGUCCCAUUAUGUCGGAUCGACCUCAUCUUUUCCUGGCGACUGAGCUAGCCCUGAAGGGAUUCAACCUUCUCAUGAUGAACUACACGGACCAGUUCAAAAAACAUCAGCGGCUACAGGCUUCUGUGUUGAACGCGACACCGGCAGGUUCAUAUAUCCCUCUCCAGGAGAUGGAAUCAAAGCAAUUGCUACUCGAACUCAUGGAGAGUGAUGGAAAAAACGAUACCUAUUUCCAAGGGAACUUUCAACGUCUGACUGCGAGCAUCGUGCACACAUUAUUGUAUGGCUUCCGUAUUAAAGACUUCAACGAUCCCAUUCUCCUUGAUGUUGUUAAGUUGAAUGAGGAAUUCGGCUGGUUCGUUCAACCUGGGGCGCAUCUCGUGGAUAUUUUCCCUGUACUCAAUAACCUGCCCAGCUUCCUUGCCCCCUGGAAAGCAAAGGCUGAGAAUCACUAUACGACCAAAAGCACGCUGCGCGACAAAAACUUCCGCAGAGCGCUUAGUUCAAACUCAUGGAAUAUCUCAAAACAUUUCAAAAAAAUGGUUGAAAAAGACAAGGUCGAAAUGCCCACUCAUGAGCUUGCGUUUGAGCUUGGAACAAUUAUCGAUGCAGCGCUGGACACUACUACCGACAGUUUAAUAUGGUUCGUGGUCAUUUGUAUCACCCAAGAUAAGCACUUCAUCGCCAAGGCACGCAAGGAACUAGAUGCUCACGUGGGGCGCGGUCGACUUCCAGUCCAAGAUGACAAACCACACCUACCGUACAUAUCUGCCAUCGUCGAGGAACUAUUCCGUUUCCGACCAGCCGCUCCAGAGGGUGCUCCACACGUGAGUACUGAGGAGGUGACUUUCCAUGGAUAUACCAUACCUAAGGGAUCAAUAAUUCUGCCUGUUAUUUGGACAAUACUAAGAGAGGAGGCUAUCUUUGGCCCGAGACCUGAUGAUUUCAUCCCAGAUCGCUGGCUGUGUGAAGAUGGUCAAACUCUGCGAAACUUUCCUCAGGGAUUUGGUUAUGGAAGACGGACAUGUCCUGGGCGCCAUUUUGCCCGCAAUAUUAUCUGGCUCGUUGUCGCCCGGCUUCUGUGGUCAUUUGACAUCGAGGCUGGCUUGUCUGAGACGGGUGAGCCCACUGUAGUUGAUCCUGAAGCGUGCUCCUAUGGUAUAGUUAUGCGGGCUCUGCCUUUCAAGGCUUCUUUCAAGCCUCGCGGACCCUGGGUUCGUGACGUUAUUGCUGAAAACGGCGACACAUACAAGGACGAUCAUGAGGCCAUUCUUGACCAGAUUGGAGCUGAGUUUGCUAGACUCUAG